AUGGAUCUCCGCUCGGUUCUGAACACGUCCGACAAUGGCGACCGCGCGCCCUCGAAGCCGCCGCCGGCUCCUCCUCCUCCUCCUCCUCCUCACUACCAGCCGCACCAGCAACACCAGCAGCACCAGCAUCCGCACCACCAGCCUCGUCCUAGUCCCACGGCUCAAUAUGGACCUGGGCCUCGCGAGUACUCGCAGCAGCCGCCUCAGGCAUCACCAAGCAAGCCUGCGAUGAUGCACGAAUAUCAGCAUCCGCACCAGCAGCCCCAGCGACCUCCUCAGCCGCAGGCGCAGGCGCAUCCUCACCCUCAGCACUACUCGCCGCAGCAGAUCCAGCAGCAGCAGCAGCAGCAGCCGCCGCAAUUCCAGCAACAGCAACCGCAACCGCAACCGCCGCCGCCGCCGCCGCAGCAGCAGCAGCAGCAUCGUCCGUCCAAUGCCUACCCAGUGCAGUCGCCUUAUCAGACGCCUGGUCCGUACCCAGGACGGCCAUCUGCCGUGCCGCCGCCACCGCUGCAACCGCCGAGUCUUUAUCACGACCCCCGCUCGCCCGGCAGCUCGAGAUCAAACUCUGGGCCCGUCCUAGCCUCGCCCUACCGGCCUUCGCCGACGUCAGCCUCGACGCCCGGAGGCUCUGCGGGUUACCCGUUUCCUACGCAGCCUCCAGACAUGAGCAGCCCGAUCCAGCGACAAGACAUGAGAGACCCAAGAGACAUGAGACGAGAGAGCUAUGUGCAGAGCCCACAGCAGCUCCAGCAGCAGCAUCAACAUCAACAACAGAUGAUGCAGCAGCAACAACUGCAGCAGCAGCAGCAGCAGCACGCCGCACCUCAAUCAUCCUCUUCGAGGCCCAGCACCAGCGCGUCCUUCCAGGCGUACCACCAGCAGCAGCGCUCCCCGACAGUGGCCCAGCAGCACUACGGGGCCUACGCACAGGGCAGCCCAGGCCCUGCAGCGCCUCCACUUGCCGACUACGGCCGCCACCCGUCCAGCUCGCAGCCGCCAACCCCUUUGGGGCCUCCCAGCGCCCUGCGCCAGCCCCCAACGCCUGGAGCCUUUGGCCAGCAGCCCCCGAGCCCGUUCCAGCAGCGCAUGUCGCCUCCGGCUCAAACCCCGACACCGCAGCCUCCCGUCCCGCCUGCUCACGUCCCGCCACAGUCUCAAGAGAGGCCAUCGCCAAAACCCGCACCGCCUCCGGCACCCCCUGCCCAUCUCCCAUCCUCGCAGUCCGCCCACGGCUCGCCCGUCGCGGAACCCGCCCAGCGUCCACGAUCCCAAGCCGAGCGGGAGCAGAGUCUGUCAGUCAGUCCCAAGACCACGCUCGGCUCCAUCCCUAGCGUUUCCGACGCCACCCCGGCCCCGACGGACCGACCUGCAAGAUCUUCGCUCAGCGCCCACUCCAUGGCGAUCGAUUCAGACCGAGCGGUCACGCCCGCGAAGCGAAAGCUGGAGGAUCUAAACAUGAGCCCCAGCGAACUGGAAAACAAAGAGGCCAAGCCGCCUCCCGGCGAGGUCAACGGUGGCUACGAGGAACGCAUCCAAAAGUCGUCGUCUCCUGUCCCGCCCAGGAAAAGGCGGACAAGGUACCUCCAGCCGCCAAUCUGGGCCCAGAGCGUCCACACUCUGGGGAAGAAACUGCCGACCAACGCCAACUUUGUUCUCCAAAAGCGACUCCAUUCCCAUAUCAACGGCAAGCACGAUGCCGCCGCUAGCCGCCAGACGUCGCCAGAGACAAAGAGAAAUCAGCACGCCAGCGUCAGCCAACCGCCUGCCACCUCCGAGCCCGAUCCCCAGGACAUAUUGGGUCCUUGGGAGGCCAGCAUCACCGGUGUUAAACCCAUUGAGGAGCUGUCCAAGAACGUGGCUGACUUCCUCUUUAUCCACGCCAUCAACAACCAAGACAUGCAGGAGAUCACAAGCAGGGGGAUACAAUUCGAGAUUGAGGCCAAGCUGGGGACGCUCAUCGACAAGGACACCAACCAGCGCGUGGACCGGUUUGUCGCCACAGAGUGCAUCCUCGAUGAAAAUGGCCGGGUCGCCUUCAAGAGUAGUAUGACAGAGGCCCAGCACAAAUUUUACAACCAGUUCCUCAACGAAAUCGUCCUACAAACCGACCCCCGAAACCCCAACGGCGCUCCCACCAAGCGAGUUCAAGUCAUAUACAAGCACCGACGCGAGAUUGAUCGCUUCUACGAGCUGCCGACAGAGCUGCACGGGCAUCUGCCCGGAUGUAUGCGGGCCCGCCUGGGUUCUCGCAGCCGCAACAUCCGAGUGCGAGUCACGUACGACCAAAAGACCAACCAGAUCUUGAACAAAAUCAUCAAGGCGCGCGUCGCAGACAUUGACCUCCACUUGCCCAUGUCUCCGUUCGACUGCCGUAUCAGCAUCAACCUCGAGAUGAACUGGGAUGGCUCCGUCGAGGAGCUCGAGCAGGCGGCGUCAAACAAGGCGGAUCGGCAGCCGGACCGUAACAAAGACCGCUUGAGCUACAAGCAGGGUCAUUACCAGAUCGACCUCACCCAGGUCGCCCAUGCCGUCAAUGGCCCCGGGAACACCCAACGCCUGGAUAAGGAACACGAGCUCGAGAUCGAGCUAAAUCAUCAAGCACUCCUCGACCAAGGACGAAGAGCCAUGAGCGGUGCCCCCCACAGAUAUCAAGAGUUGGUGGAGGGCUUCGUGGACAAUGUUCGAGUGCUGGCACGAAAAGCCAGGGACUUUACUCCCAGGGCAUAA